AUGGCCACCAAAGAUGAGCAAGGACACCUCAAAGAGCUGCUAAGCGACAAGGGAAGAAAUAGCUUCGCCACAGGACCUGAACACCAAGGUCCGCUGAAGCCGCCUUCACCAGCUCGUAUUAUCAACAUGAUCAUCGGUGGCGGCGAUGAUGCCUCUAUCAAUGGCGUGAGAUUCACUACCACUCACAAGCUCAAGCGAUCUAUCACCCGCGAACGGUACAACAAACUCGAAGAAAGUAUCAUUUUUGAUGAAUUAGAUGCUGAUAGUUUGACUUUCCCUCGUAACAAUGCCUUUGACAUUACUUUACGCAUUUUAGAUACUGAUGUCAAACAUAUCAUGGUGGAUGAUGACAGUAGAGCGUACAUUAUCCAUCCCCGAGUCCUCACCCAAAUGAGGCUCGAGGACAAGAUAGUGCCACGAUGCAUCACGCUAACCAGUUUUAAUAAUGCAGUUGAGAGGAACUCAGAGGAAAUUACACUCCCCGUCUUAGCCAGCGGCGUGAAUCUGGAGACAACAUUCCACAUCAUGGACCAGGACAUCAUAUACAAUGCCAUAGUGGGACGACCAUGGCUAUAUCCCAUGAGAACCAUCCUCUCCAGCGUAUACCAAGUAAUUAAAUUAUCAAAAUCAUGGGGAAUAUUCAGCAUACAUAGAGAACAACAUAUGUCUCGGAAGUGCUACUGCAUUGCCUUAGACAGCACAAUAACCCAACAGAAAAAAGACAAGGGAAAAGAAAUAUAG